AUGCUGUCGACGGCGCCGCCCCGUCAUUGGGGAGCAAACGAGACGCGAUCACUCCUCUUUGAUGGCGGGGGCCUGCAGGGACAGUUGCUCUCUGGGCUCUCACUGCUGGCCCUGGACGGCGGCAGUGACGCCCCCCACACGGCGGACUCCCCUGAGCCGUGGCGGUUGCGCCUCAUGAUGCACUUUAUGGAGGUAGCGUCGAAGUAUCCGGUGCUCGGCACACUUCUGCUGGAGUGCCCGCGGAGUCUGGACGACGUCUUGGGAGAGGAAUUGAUGCAGUGGCUCCGCGAAGAAAGCGCACUGAUAUUGUCGCCCUCAAGUCAACACCACAUGGCACCAGGAAGCCUUUGCCAUCAUGUUUCCGCAGAAGCUCUAGCUUCGAUGGAAUUUGCUUCAGCCGCUGACAGUGGAUGUCCCAUAUGUGCGUGGACUGCGCAAUGGUCAUGCGACUUUUGGGAGGCGGUGAAAAAGGGAACCGUGAAGUUAGUCGUUUGCUGCGCAUUGAGCGCAUUUCCCAGUUGUCUCACACUCCACCAGAAGCGCUCGCCUUUCCAACGCCCGCGCGACGCGGUAAUAGCGGCAGAGCAAUGGAUUCAUGCGAUUGGCCACGUUACAGGUGUGUUUUUUCCCCACCGAGAAUCCGCGGAUCCUGCACCCGUGCUGGAAUUCCAACCGUUGCUUUCCAACCACAAUGGCAUGGUUGGACAACUACCGCUUUGGCUCGAUCUUUCGCUCCUGCCCCUCACUGAGCUGCGUGCUGUGGCCGUGGUUGGGGAACGCAUUCAAGUGUUGGGCCUGCUAGAGGUGGCUUGUGGCCAGAUGGGCCCGAUGCUUUACUCUAGGCGCCGCUGUGUUCCUGCCGCCGCCGCCGUCCCCUCUUCCACUGCAUCAGCUGGACAUAUUCUCAUCGAGGCCCGUGCUGUUCGCACAGCCACAUUUGCUUCACCUUGGUCACAGGAUUUCUUCAUGGCAAGAGCAGAUGCUGCGAACUAUCCUUCUUUUUCGCUAGGAGUCGAGGAUGUCUUUGCCGUGAGGCAGGAGUGGGAGGAGGCGUCUUUUCUUCAGUCACGAUGCAGUUGGGAGAGUGUGGCGGGGGCAGCUGCCUUUGCCUUGGCUGAAGGGUGUGGAGGAAUUUUCCGGGAAGAAGAACCGGGCGGCCCAUGUCGAGUGGAAGCACUCUUGGCAGCUUCAAGAGUAUUUGCCUUACCUGCAGCGCUUUGGGCAGCUGUGGGGGUCGCACUUGUCUCCGCGACGGUACAGGUUGACUCCAUUGCCGCCUACGUUGUGGGACCAUCCGAUAGCCUCUUCGUCCUGCAGAAGUUUUUGUUGGCGUUGGCUUCAGAAACAAAUGUAGUGGUGCCCCUCGUGCACGGUGUCGAGGGUGCACUUCUGCCCACGUAUACUAGAAUAGCUACGUCCCAGGUGGGCAUCCCUGUCACCGUUGAGGUUGGGCGCCACAUCGAGUGUGUGCGUGGGGGACUGCUCAAUGUGGCUUCCCAACGGGUCCUCUUUGCGCCCUCGUUACAUACCCUUACAGCUUCGGCCCUGCACGCGGUGCAGGGUGUUAUCAAGCAGCACGAGCAUGUUGUGGUGCGUGAAGGGGGCCAACGCGUGGGCUGCAGAGCCGCGGGAGCUUUUAUUGGAGCGACGCAGGAAUCGGUGCUGGUGCAGGAUCGUCAACUCUUUUGUUUCAUGGAGCGGGGCGACGUCGUCAUUCACCUCCCCCCGACCACCCCUAUCGGCCGUGUAGAGAGUGACCAUUCGGCAAUUCUUGAACUGCUCUCAAACAAUGCUGCGGGUAAUGAGAGGUCCGAAUUGGACGGACUUGACCACAUGUGUCGGUGCAAAAAUCAGUGGCUGGCGUGGUGCGAGUGGGCCCUGCAGCCGUCUGUGGAUGAGCCUAUUAUACCACAUAUUUCCACCCCGUGUGCGGCGCUGCUUCGUUCCUUUUUCUUUACGGCGAAAGCCACUUGCGCGGAGGCCGUGGAUGCUAGUAUGAUGACGAUCUUGGUGAAACUCACAUGUGCCCAUGCGCUGCUGCGUCAGAGACUCCAUCCUAGCGGAGCACAUGGGGACACGCAAGCAGCUGUCGCGUUGGCUUGUGCCUGCGGUGUGAAGGUGAAAGAGGCCGCUGACUCCACCGCCCUGGUCGAUGCUGUGGCGGCUAUUGCGCUUUGUGAUGCCUCUUUGAAGUUUAUCGCGGGUGUCUCCCUCAUGGGAGAGCCUUGCACGUUUGAUCUCAUGCUAAGCGAUGCCCAGUUUGACGUCGUACAGUUUGCCAAGGAACUGUACGCGCACCUUCUCUCCCACACGCCAGCGUCUUCGAUGUGA